CCGCGCCCCGCGCCCCGCGCCGCCGCCGCCGGCCCUCGCUGCGCCGGCCGGGCCGCCUCGGCCCCCUCCGCCCCCGCCGCCGAAAGUUAGUUGGGAGAGGGGGGGACGAGGGCACCAUGGACAUGAAGAGGAGGAUCCACCUGGAGCUGCGGAACCGGAGCCCGGCCGCGGUUCGAGAACUUGUCUUGGACAAUUGCAAAUCAAAAGAUGGAAAAAUUGAGGGCUUAACGGAUGAAUUUGUGAAUUUAGAGUUACUCAGUUUAAUAAAUGUAUGCUUGAGUUCAGUUUCCGAUCUCCCCAAACUACCUAAGUUGAAAAAGCUUGAGCUCAGUGAAAAUAGAGUCUUUGGAGGUCUGGACAUGUUAGCAGAAAAUCUUCCAAAUCUUACACAUCUAAACUUAAGUGGAAAUAAACUGAAAGAUAUCAGCACCUUGGAGCCUUUGAAAAAGUUGGGCUGUCUCAAAAGUCUGGAUCUGUUUAACUGUGAAAUUACUAACCUGAAUGACUACCGAGAGAGUGUCUUCAAGCUCUUGCCCCAGCUGACUUACCUGGACGGCUAUGACCGAGAGGAUAGAGAAGCUCCUGAUUCAGAUACUGAGGUGGAUGGUGCAGACGAGGAGGAGGAGGAUGAGGAUGGAGAGGAUGAGGAGGAUGAAGAGGAUGAGGAUGGUGAAGAGGAAGAGUUUGAUGAUGAAGAGGAUGAAGACGAAGAUGAAGACGUAGAAGGGGAAGAGGAUGAAGAUGAAGUCAGUGGGGAGGAAGAAGAAUUUGGCCAGGAUGGAGAAGUAGAGGAAGACGAUGAGGAUGAAGAUGAAGACGAAGAUGAAGAAGAGGAAGAAAGCGGGAAAGGUGAAAAGAGGAAGAGAGAAACAGAUGAUGAAGGAGAAGAUGAUUAAGACCCCCCAAAAAACUGCAAAAACAGAACUGUUCAGUAUUGGUUGGACUGCUCUCAUGGAUUUGGUAGCUGUUUAAAGAAAAAAAAAAGGUAGCUGUGAUUUAAAAAAAAUAAAAAAGUAAAAAAAUAAACCACCCAGAUACCCACCCACCCAAAGAGCCAAAGAAUAGUUCCUGUGACAUUCCGCCUUCCUUCACUUAGUCCCUCUCGGAAAUCCACAACCAGGCUUGGGGGUUUUCAUCCCAACAAAAUUGUCAUAAGCAUUGUUAGGUUUUGUGUAAGAUUCUUGCUGUAGCGUGGGUAGCUGUGACUGGGGAGGCGUCCACCCGUGGCUACCAGUUACACUGAGACUGUAACAGCAUUUUUACUUUCUGUACAACAAAAAAGCUUUGUAAAUAAAAUCUUAACAUUUUG